AUGGCGACUCAAUAUCUCAACAUCCCUGUCCUCCCCGCAGACAUCGCAUUCGGGUUGAUGGCUGAUUUCCAAGCCGACACUCACCCAGACAAGGUAUCCUUGAUAGCAGGCGCAUACCGAGAUGAAAAAGGGAAUCCGUGGGUAUUGCCCAGCGUGAAAGAGGCAAAACAACGCAUCGCCCUCGACCCAUCCUGGAGCCACGAAUAUCUUGGCAUCGCCGGCUCAAAAACCCUAACCACCGUAGCGAAGACACUCAUCUUCGGAACAGACUUGGCGGAAAAGGCAAAUAUCGCUAGCAUCCAAGCCGUCUCGGGGACCAGCGCCAACCAUCUCGGUGCUUUAUUUCUGGCCAAGCAUCUCAAGCCAAAGCGGGUUUUCAUACCGGAUCCGACAUGGGUGAAUCAUCAUACUAUCUGGACUGAAGCGGCGCAAGAUAUUGAGCAGUUGACAUAUCCUUACUCGUACGUGCCGGGUUCGCGAUCCGUUGAUGUUGACAGGAUUAUCGCGAAGUUGGAGACGGAGGCGCAUCCGAAUGAUGUUAUCGUUCUACAGGCGUGCGCACAUAACCCAACCGGUAUCGAUUUGAGUCAAGAAGAAUGGGUGAAGAUCGCAGACGUGGUACAGCGCAAACGGCUGUUUGUUCUCUUCGACAGUGCCUACCAAGGCUUUGCGACUGGCGAUGUCGACGGAGAUGCCUGGUCAGUUCGAUAUUUCACCAAGCGUUUCUUCGACAGCACCUCUGAGCAUAUCCCCGGUUUGUGCGUUGCGCAGUCGUUUUCGAAAAACUUUGGAUUGUACGGUGAGCGAGUGGGCGCGUUGCAUUUAGUCGUUCCUGGGGGUGUGUCUACGGAUGGAGCACAGUCUCAGUUAUCGCUUAUGGCACGGGCGGAAUACUCCAACCCGCCUCGAUUCGGGGCACAAAUAGUCGAAAUGGUCUUGGGGUGUCCCGAGCUGAAGGCACAGUGGAAUGAGGAUUUGGUGACGAUGAGCUCCCGGAUCAAGAAAAUGCGGACCGAACUGCGUCGGAAGCUCGAUGAGUUGGGCGCCAGGGGGGACUGGUCGCAUAUCGAGGCGCAGAUUGGCAUGUUCAGUUAUACUGGGCUGCGGAAGGAUCAGGUCCAGCGCUUGCAGGAUGAUUAUCAUAUUUAUAUGUUGCCUUCGGGGAGAGUUAGUAUUUGCGGACUGAACGAGGGGAAUAUUGACUAUGUGGCAAAAGGCAUCGUGGAAGUUGUGAAUAGCUGA